AGACGUACGUGAGUUCAGUUGAUGAUGAGCGUGCGAGAUUAAAUAGGCCCGACCCGACCCUACGACUAUCUUGACCAAAGUUUCUGACCCUGUCGCAAGUCCAGCUCUAUAAGUAUCCAAGAUGAGGUUCAUGCUCACAUUUUUAAGGCAUUUCAUUGGAAAGUGAUCAUCAUCUCAACAAUCAUGAAGAAGUUAGCUGCUCUGUUUCUCGUCUUUCUUGUCUUGAGCAGCGCCAAUGCUGACCCGCUGGCAGCCUUGCUGUGGGGUGCUGGAGCAGCCGCGGCAGUAACCUUUGGAGGACCUGCAGGGCUUGCUUAUAUCGGUUAUACAACGGCCGGUAUUACUGCUGGGUCUAUAGGCGCUGGAAUGAUGUCUAGCGCCGCCAUCGCCAAUGGGGGAGGUGUGGCCGCAGGGGGUUUGGUCGCUACGCUCCAAGCUGCAGGAGCAGCCGCAUCGGUUGGUUGUGCGGCACCCGCUGCGGCAGGCCUGGCUGCAGCCGGUGCAAAGGCUUUAAUUGAUGAUUAGAAAUUAUUCCUUUUGAUGCCUUAGAAUUGGUGAUGUACCAUAGGUCAUCCCUGGUAAUUUUAGUCAUUUCAAAUUAAUUUUGCAUACUGUACUUACCCUGUGUCAAUUAACCCGUCGUCGUAUCCUAAUCUUCAAAGUUAAUCUCUCAUGCAUAUAUUAUAUAUCUCUAUGUUAGAAAAUUGCUGCUUUCAUUUCAUUGAUUUUGUCUGCUUUCUGUUUCAGAAAGUUGUUUUAAUCUCAACUGUGUUGAUUACGUAUAGCGCCAAUAAUUAUUAGCGUCAUAAUUGACGGACCUAUCUAUAUAAGCGCUUUAUAAGAAGGCACCAUAAUUAUUUGUAUCUAUUAUAACAUUUAUUAUCAUUAUUUUGGAAAUAGUUCAAUAUCAUCGAAAUAAUUUUGAAUAUUGGGAUUGCAUGAUUAUAUAAUUUACAUUUUGCACAAAACACAGCUUCAAGAAACUUUGACUUAUCUAACUUACAUAAUGACAAAGCCCUGAACUGUCGAGGGAAGGGACUAGUAGAGAAAUUCUUCGACAAGCAAAAUAUCUUAAGAGAGAAUAAAAAUGUAUAAUUAGCACAUCGUAACUCUUUGAUUUGGAUUGGGAAAGGAUUUAGAACCCUGCUCCUGCAUGAAUCCUCCUAGUUGAACAAGAUACAUUUUGAACAUUAUAAGGGCUACUAGAUAAUCAGCUUUCUUCAUUGUUCCAUAAAAAUAUAAGAGUGCACAAUAGUAUUGUUAAAUGAAACCUAAAUUGCUUCCAUUAAUUUUUGAUACAAUACUUGCGUUUGACCCAACUUCCUCUUGAAGUGGUAUCGUAGUCUUCAGUUACUCCUAUCGUCAUGCAUGAUGACUAAUAAAUUUUCCAGUUGAAGAAAAAAA